AUGUCGUUCAAGCUUGGCCUCUCAGGGUCGGCGCAUUCGACCACGCAGCUGAGCGACCAUGUGCUGCCGUCGCACGCGAGCGUGCACCGGGCGGUUGCGAACGACGGCUACAACGACUUGACGCUGAACCUGAUGAGCACGCUACGGAACAAGCACAAGACAGAGACCCAGGGCCUGGGGCGCGACUACUGGCUCGACGACUCGUCGGCGACGAAGUGCCGGGCCUGCGACCGCACGUUCACGACGUUCCGCCGCAAGCACCACUGUCGGAUCUGCGGCAAGAUCUUCUGCAGCAGCUGUACUACGUUCAUCGACGGCGACAAGUUCAACCAUCCGGGCAAGAUGCGGGUGUGUCUUUUGUGUCUGAAACUGGCCGAUCGGUACCAGGAGUACGCCUCGAGCGAGGACGAGUCGGUGGGCGACGAGUCGAACAGCUCGACACAGGUUUCGGAGACGCUCUCGCCCGUGCGCGCGGACUCUGAGAGCCGCGACACGCAGUCGCUGGCGGCGACGGCGGACGAGCAGUUUGUGCCGCGCUCUGCGCCGACGCCGCCGCCGAUGAUGGCGAUCCCGACGACGCGCAAGGGCGAGGCGAUCGAGAUCGACAUCCCGCGCUCGAACUCGGUCAGCCGACAAGAAGACGCUGACGCCGCUCAACUUCACGGCGGCGGCGGCGAACGCGGCCGCCGACGCCGCGUCCUCGAUCUUCAACUUCGGCACGGCGAUCCUGCCGGGCAACCACCAGCCGUCCGCCGACUCGCGCCACGACGAGGAGUACGCGCUGUCGGCCUCGCACACGCUGCUGAGCUCGCCGUCGGAGCUGUCCGACGACGAGGACGAGCCGGGACUGCUGGCGUUCACUUCCGUGCACUCGAACCCGCUCAACAACCACGAGUUCAACUGGACGUACCACAGUCCGAACGCCGGCAUGUUCAAGCUCGAGGACGCGGGCAGCAUGACGGGGCGCAAGGUGUUCCGCACCAACAGGGCGCGGCGGCCGACCAACUUCCACCGGCUCAAGCACCGGCGCAUGAGUCGCAGCGGGACGCGCGUGGCCAGCGACGCGAGCUCGAGCCCGCCGUUUGGGCGGGCGGUGUCCGGCGGGUUCGGGCUCGGGUUCGAGGAGUUCGAGUUCAUGGACGACUUCCUGCGCGCGGGCGAAAACCAUGCGCGGCAGCUGCUCACGCAGCUGCUGACCGACCGCCGGGUGGAGCACAUCGAGGUCUGGACACGGACGCUCAUCAAGUGUCUCAAGCGGAUUUCCAGCGUGCCCGUGGAGCUGGCGAACGGCGAGAGCUUCGACAUCUCGAACUACCUCAAGCUGAAACGGAUCCCCGGCUCCUCGAUCGAGGACUCGGGCGUGCUGGACGGCGUCGUGUUCUCCAAGUGUCUGCCGCUCAAGACGAUGGCCGACAGCAUCCAGAGCCCGCGCAUCAUGCUGGUGACGUUCCAGAUCGAGUACGAGCAGGAGGCCGACACGCGGUUCUCGAGCCUGGAACCGCUCAUCGCGCAGCAGGACGAGUAUCUGGAGAAGCUGGUGGCGCGGAUCGUGGCGCUGCGGCCGAGCGUGGUGCUGGCCGAGAGCACGGUGAACGGCUACGCGCUGAAGCUGCUGGCGGACGCGGGCAUCACGGUCGCGUUCAACCUCAAGCCGCAGCUGCUGCGCAAAAUAGCGCGCAUGACCAAGGCAGACGUCGUCAACUCGAUCGACAAGCUGGCCACCAACCCGGUGCUGGGCCGCUGCGGCAAGUUCGAGGUGCGCUCGUACGUGCACGAUUCGGUGCGCCGGACGUACGUGUUUCUGACAGGCUGCAACCCGGAGGCAGGGUUCACGGUGGUGCUGCGCGGCGGCAGCAGAGAAGAGCUGGCAAAGGUGAAGGAGUGCGCAACGCUGAUGGCGUACGUGUUUUUCAACGUGAAGCUGGAGUCCGGGCUGAUGCGCGACCAGUGUCUGCAGGCGGGCGACUACGACUUCCACCCGGCGGUGGAGCCGCUGCACAGCAUGAGCCUGGGCAGCUACCGGGACGUGGAGCGCGCGUUCGACGUGCGGAUCCUGUCGUCGUCGCCGUGGGUGCGGUUUGA